AUGUUGUGGAAAGUCCUCCUGUUUGUGGGGCUUGUGGUGCUGGGAGCCCACCUCUGCAGUAACAAAUUUGUAGACAUUGACAAGACCAGGGAGUUUUUUGCUCUUUCUUUGGAGUAUGUUGUGUUUUGGUUUAAUGAAGGACAGAAAGAUGAGUUUGCCUACAAAUUUCUGCGGGUUCGAAGAAGCCAGCGUGAGUUAUUGAAUUGGACAUAUUUAAUAGACGUGGAGAUGGGUCGUACAGUUUGUAAAAAACAUGAUGAAGACAUUGACAAUUGUCCGUUACAAAAAGGCCCAGGAGAGAAAAAGGUGCGCUGUACUUUUAUUGUGUUUUCCCUAGCAUGGAUGACCAAAUUCAACGUCCUGAACAGCACCUGCUUGCAGACAUAA